UCCCGACGUAUCCCGAUCCAAUAAUCGAACCACUCUCUUUCCCCGUCAUUUUCUCAGAACAAUCUAUCGCAGAGAAUCGUAGCCUCCCCGUAUUUCACCUGCAAAUUAAUCGGCGAUUCAAUCAGAUUAACUGAAAAAGAACACGAAGAUGUCUUUAAGACCGAGCGCGAGGACUGAGGUUCGACGGAACAGGUACAAGGUGGCGGUUGAUGCGGAGGAAGGUCGGCGGAGGAGAGAAGACAACAUGGUGGAGAUCCGGAAGAACAAGAGAGAAGAGAAUCUUCUAAAGAAGCGCCGCGAAGGACUUCUCGCUCAACAAACACAACCGCAGCUGCUCUCUUCUGGCGCCAGUUCUGAGAAAAAGUUAGAAAGUCUUCCGGCUAUGAUUGCUGGUGUUUGGUCGGAUGACAGGAAUGCGCAGCUUGAGGCAACCACUCAAUUCCGGAAGCUGCUAUCAAUAGAACGUUGUCCUCCAAUCAACGAAGUUGUACAAUCAGGUGUUGUUCCUCGCUUUGUUGAGUUCCUUGCUAGGGAGGACUUCUCUCAGCUUCAGUUUGAGGCAGCUUGGGCUCUUACAAAUAUUGCUUCAGGGACAUCAGAAAAUACCAGAGUUGUAAUUGAUCAUGGAGCUGUUCCUAUAUUUGUUAAACUCCUAGGCUCUCCAGCCGAUGAUGUACGAGAACAGGCUGUUUGGGCAUUAGGAAAUGUUGCUGGAGAUUCUCCUAAAUGCCGUGACUUGGUCCUUGGGCAUGGGGCCUUGGUGCCUUUGUUGGCACAAUUUAAUGAGCAUGCAAAGCUCUCUAUGCUGCGAAAUGCUACCUGGAGUUUGUCAAACUUGUGCAGGGGCAAGCCACCACAACCUUCGUUUGAGCAGACAAAACCUGCUUUGCCCACUCUUGAGCGUCUUAUCCAUUCAAAUGAUGAGGAAGUCCUUACAGACGCAUGCUGGGCCCUGUCAUAUCUCUCAGAUGGUACUAAUGACAAAAUCCAAGCUGUUAUUGAGGCUGGUGUCUGCCCUCGACUUGUUGAGCUCUUGCUUCAUCCGUCCCCGACAGUCCUAAUCCCUGCUCUUCGCACAGUUGGAAAUAUUGUUACAGGGGAUGAUACACAGACUCAGUGCAUUAUUGGCCACCAAGCCCUUCCAUGCCUGUUGAACCUGCUGACACAUAACUACAAAAAGAGUAUCAAGAAGGAAGCAUGCUGGACCAUCUCAAACAUCACUGCUGGAAAUGUAGAUCAGAUACAGGCUGUGAUUGAGGCUGGGAUUAUUAGCCCUCUAGUCCAUCUACUUCAAAAUGCUGAGUUUGAGAUCAAGAAAGAAGCUGCCUGGGCAAUUUCAAAUGCUACAUCUGGUGGAACCCAUGAACAAAUAAAGUUUUUGGUGAGCCAAGGUUGCAUUAAGCCACUGUGUGAUCUUCUGAACUGCCCUGACCCAAGAAUUGUCACUGUUUGUUUAGAAGGACUUGAGAAUUUUUUGAAGGUUGGUGAAGCGGAGAAAAAUCUGGGGCACACUGGAGAUGCCAAUCUCUAUGCUCAGUUAAUUGAUGAUGCCGAGGGAUUGGAAAAGAUUGAAAACCUCCAAAGUCACGACAACAAUGAAAUAUAUGAAAAGGCAGUGAAGAUUCUUGAAACUUAUUGGGUGGAAGAAGACGAUGAGCCUUUACCCCCUGGUGAUGCAUCACAAUCUGGGUUCCAGUUUGGAGGCAAUCAAUUUCCUGUUCCCUCUGGUGGAUUCAAUUUCAAUUGAAGGUAUGAAUUUAUACUUGGAGUAGAAUGAAGCUCAAUGGUCAUUAUUUUCUUCUGGUUUAUUGGAUUUCAUAUAUAGUCGAAACAUUGCUAAAUUAUGUUCCAAUAAAGACAAGGUCUAUGACAAACCAUGGUAGCAACGUCUGAAGAGUCCAAUAGCCAUACAUAUAUUCUUUUUUCAGCAUCCUUAUUCCAGGAUGCAAAGGUUGAGGCAUGCAACUCCAUGUUCCGUCUUCUGUUUUUGGCUCUUUGUAUAUCAGUCCCACCAUAUGCUCCUGCACAUGUGAAAGAUCCCUUUUUUGUGAUAGUUGUGGAGUAUUUUGACUGGUCUUCCCGAUCAGUUUCAAUGAGGAAAAAUUAUCUAUCCCGAUAAUGUAUGAUUGUCAAAAAUUGUCGAAAACCUGAAGGUUGUUUUGGAGUUGCAAGUUACAGAGUUAAACUUACGGUUUUUCUAUAUAGAAUUCAAUUUAUUACC